AUGAGUCAAUCGGCGGCUGAGACAGCUGCUGCAGCUGGUCUUACUAGUCCUGCGGAAAAAGAGGAUAGCCAUGUGGGCCCUUUUUCUGAUAGCGUAGGCAUGCAGACGUACUCUCUAAAUAAUAGUUUGCGUGCAAUGCACAUCAUGAGUAGACUGAACAAUGAGAUGAGCUCGGUGGAGGUUGCCGCUGCAGGAUCCUUUGGCGUGGUGAAGAAAGGCUUGUUUGACUUUGACUGCCAGCACUACGCUGUGAAGCAAACCAAGCGAAUGAUCUCCGGUGAGGGGGACCUCCAACAGCGGCUGCAGGAAGUUUACGCACUGAGCGCGUGCAAUCAUCCCAACAUCCUGCGUUACUUUGACGGAUGGGUGGAAGACAAGGCCGUUUACGUUCGCACGGAGUGGCUUGCGGACGGAUCUGUCGCCGACUUUGAACGUCCCCUCACAGAAUCGCUGCUGCGCUCGGUUAUUCACCAAAUAGCCGCCGCCCUACACUGGCUAUCGUGCCACCACAUAACACACGGGGAUGUGAAACCGGAGAACAUACUGGCCUGCCGAAUGGAAAAUGGCACUUACACCUUUAAGCUGGCGGACUUUGGGCUGGCGCGGCCCGUCUUGGGUAAUCGCCCCAACACGGAAGAGUUGUUUCGAGGAACAAAUGACGACGACGGAGAUCAGCGGUAUCUCUGCCCCGAGGCUUUCACGCUCUGCCCGUUCAGCUUGCAGAGGGGAGAGGCAGAUGUAUAUGCAUUGGGUGCGAGUUGUGUGGAGCUGAUGGGUGGCGAUCCAGCCCUCGUCCGCAGCGGCCGGUACACGUGUGACUUCGACUCGUACACUCGAGAGAUGCAGCAGCUGGUGCGUGGAAUGACAAAGAGUGAUUCAAAGGAACGUCCUAACGCCUUCACCGUGGCGUUGCUCACCCUUGAUCCUGAAAUUCAGUCCUCUGAGGAGUUCUCGCAGGGCUGCGCGGAACUCGAACAACUUCGUGAGUCCGUGACGGCGCUUGAGAGGGAACUGGACGCGCUAGAGAUGGCCAUGGGCGAGACAAGUGAUGGCGAAUAG